UGUUAGGGCGAUGGGUAUAGAGACAGAACGUCACCCAGCUAAUUAGAGUUUGUUAUGGAAGUUAGACUUUAAAAUAUAUAACUUUAUUGUAAAGAAUAUUCGAUAUUCUGCAGCCACUCUUACAAAUACCUUCACCGCAUACAAAGCAAGCAGGGAGCCAUCUCGCGCGAAUCACGUACAUAAGCAAAUCCGGGGUCACAACUAUGUUCAUAAUGUAACCAAGUAUUUACGAAACCGGUCAUAUUAUUAUUCGGUCGGCGCCACACUAUUGAACACCUCUAAAAUGAACCGUGUUACAAUCAGCUACGGUUGAAACUCGAGUGGGGAUGGGGGCUGGGGUAUUAAGCAUUGGUUUUAGCCGAAGUGCUCAGUUGUGAGGUGUCCGUCGUUUGAGCUGUCGGUAGCUUAAAUAAUUAUAUUUAUAUUAAUAUUACGUGUGAGUCUGUUUGUGUUACGCUGUUUAGUGAUUAAAUGUCUAAAUUAAGGAUUUCGCCUUUUUUUAAACAGUGCUUCGUGACUGCGGCAGUAUGCAGCACCACCAUCGGGCACGGCUCCGUGGUGGGGUUCCCCGCCAUCCUGUUGCCGCAGCUCAAGCGCCCUGACUCCCACAUCAAGCUCACCGAGGAAGAGGGAUCAUGGAUCGCAUCAGUGACAGCCAUUACGCUGCUGCUGGGCAGUUUCCUGGCGCCGCCCAUCAUGGGCAAGCUAGGGCGGCGAGUGGCGCACUUCGUGGUGAUAGCCAACAUCCUCAUCGGGUGGACUGUUAUACUGCUAGCCAAGAGCUUAGAGGCAAUGAUUGUUGGAAGAAUAAUACACGGUUUAUCGUUUGGCCUGAUGCUGCCACUCCGCUCCGUUCUCCUCGGAGAGUACACCAGCCCCAAGAACAGAGGAGCCUUCCUCACGACGGUAUCCGUGGCGCAAGCCUUCGGGAUCCUACUGGUGCACCUCAUAGGGUCCCUCGUCUCCUGGCAGAAGACAGUCUUCAUCGUGCUCGCCUUCCCUCUAGCAAGUCUUCUCAUGACCUUCUUCACACCAGAAACCCCGAGCUGGUUAGCUGCUAAAGGCAGAUACGAUGAUUGCAGGAAAGUUUUUCGAUGGCUGCGAGGUGAUGGAGAAGAACAAGAGUUGGAAGAAAUGAUAAGAGCAAGGUGUGAGAGUAACAGAGCAACAAUAUCCAACUUCAAGGAUCUCCCGGUGUUGCUCAAAAAGAAGGAGUUCUAUAAACCUAUAGUUAUCAUGAUCCACAGUUACAUGAUGGGCGAGUUCUCCGGAGGCGCUCUGCUGUCCUGUUACUCUACCACUGUGAUCACUCUUCUGGUUGGACCAGAGGUAGACCCUCACUUCUGGAUGAUAGCUUUAGACAUUCAGAGAAACAUCUCGAACGUCACAGCAGUGUAUGUCGUCCACAAGAUCAAGAGAAGGACCAUGUUCAUGGCGACCGGCAGUCUGUGCAUCCUCAGCAACAUUGCCAUCGCUUGCUACGUUUACGCGAAGGUGCUCGGAGUGAUGACCUACACGGCAAUAUGGCUGCCAAUUUUACUUAUAAACAUACAAUUCUUUACCGUAGCUGUUGGUAUGGUUUGUCUCCCAUACGUCAUCGCUGGAGAAAUCUUCCCAUUGGAGUAUAGAAGUGUCGGAAGCAGCAUCAGUAUAAUUUCCAUAGCUUCUGGAUAUUUUCUAGUCACUAAAACGUUCCCAGCUAUGAUAGCCAGCAUAGGUCUGCAUGGGUCCUAUGCGGUGUAUGCUGGAAUUAUGUGUUACAACUUUAUUAUAAUAAUGUCCUUGUUACCGGAGACCAAAGGGAAGACACUUCAGCAGAUUGAAGACUACUUCAGAGGAAAACCUUCAAAGGCUGAAGAUAUCGAAGUCAGACAGAACUUGAAAGGAAAAACAGAUAUAGAGAAGCUGAAAGAUGAAAGUUGAUAAAAUAGCGGGAAAAUAGCAAGAAAUUGAUAAAUCAUGACAAGAGGCAAGCAACUGCUAUGCUUAUAGAAAUCUAUAAAGAAAACUCAGGCUGUAGACCUUUGUGAUGAUUUGGCGAAUUUAGGACGCCAAAAAAGCAUCGAAAAUCCUCAGUUUUGUGCCACGAUGUACAAAGAAUUUGCUAGCCUAAAUAUAUUAUGUUCAGAAUAUAAUAGAAUGGCCUCCAAUCCUGCUUAAAAAUAAAGACAAUUCUUGUUCUUAAAAGUAGAAAACGAUCGUCGAGAUUGUUUUUGUAAAACAUUUUACUCUACUGGCUUCCAAAAUAUUGAUUUUCUUCAAUACCUUGCAAUAUUAUGGACUUACGAUUCUGAUUUGUUGACUACAAUAUUUACAACACAAUCACAGAAAUAAACAUGAGAUUUGAGGGACGGUCACAGGUUAAUAAUCUUUUGAGACAACUCGUUAUUUAUAAGAGUGUUGCAUAUCCAAAGGCUCAAAAUGAAACCCGAUUGUAACCCAUUUCUAAGGAUCUCUGUCGGACACAAAUUAUGAUAUCUAGUUAAAAUUUUCAAACAUGGUGAUAAAAAUUAUAAAAAUGAAAGUCGAUGUGAAUUAACGUCAACGGCAAAAGACAAUCCUCAAAAGAAGAAACCAGGCCCGGAGCAACAGAAAAGUUACUCAAAAUAUAGAUACAUUUAAGUAAUAAAAUACCCCAUAGAUGGCAGCGCGCAAGCAGUUUCAAAGCUAUUUAUUUUCUUGGAAACGCCAAUCGGAAUCGCAAAAUUAGGGUCAGCAAAUUGAAUGUCCUAUUUACCUAAAUAAAUACCCACUUAUGAUAUGAUUUUUUGGAUCACUUUCAACAUAGAAAACAUCACACUACUACAAAAAUGCAAGUUCGUUAGUGUGUUUGUGAGCAUGUGCGUGCGUCACCUUUUCACGAUCAAACCAACUGGUCCAUACUUUAUAGAAUACAUUAUAUUUUACCCCUGUGAAAAUUCGAAUAGCAAUUUCACAUAACAAGUCAUCGAUUUCGAUGACUAUGUGGUAUUUAAUUAUGUACUUAUAAUUGCCUUUAUUUUAUGUGGUUUUCUUUUGAGCCGGGCAGGGUAUUUGUUCACACUUCUUGAGCAUUCUUCUUUGAAACUAUGUCCGAGUCCGACUCGCACUUGACCGUUUCUUUUUUCGUUUUCAGCAGUAUCUCUCUAACCAAGGCUCAGGCUUUCAAAAAAAAACGGCAGCUGAUAGCCAAGCUUCAUGGAUAGGGAUGACGACUGGAUGUAAAAAGUAAAAUGUAUUUAGUCCGUCAGAUAGUUAAUAAAAAUGUUAAAUGUUAAAUAUGUAAAACAUAGUUUCGGCGAGGCAGCUUGUAGUGUUACGACUUAGCAAAAUAGAUAAACAGAAGUGUAAUUUUGACAAUGUAUGUUAUCGGGACAACAAAAAAAACCUAGGUAUCUGAUAUUAUUCAACAAAGUAGGUGAGGACCAUUUAACGAGUUGUCAUCAUCCCUAUUGUAGAAGCACUUACAAAGAAGAAGUUACCAAAACUCUUGCAGCUGAGAGAACAAUAACCUACUCAAUAGCGAGUAUCUCAAUAAUGUAGAGAUUAAAUUAAUCUAAUAGGCAAUAAGGAUUAGAAGAUAAAUGAGCGAAGGAAUCAUCAGCAUUUCUUUACAUUCAUGUGAUAUUUUGUAAUAGCCGCUUAAGAUAAUUGUAUAAAUUGUGUAAUAAAUGAAGUAAUUAUUCUA